AUGUUUGGGUUGAUUACGAUGAUGCGCGGCUUCACCAAUCCUACCCCCAAGACUGAUUCGGCGCGCUCAGCCUUGAACUCGUUUACCUGCACACUGUGCAACAAAUCCUACUCCCGCCACCCCGAAUAUGAAGCCCAUAUAUCAUCAUAUGAUCAUCAGCACCGCAAGCGCCUGCAGGAUCUCAAACAGCUUUCCCGGGAUCCAAACGCUGCGGAGAAAGCAAGACGAGCAGAGCGGAAAGCUGAUGCGGAAGCCGGCUUAAGGGUACUAGACACCCACAAAAAGAGUCCCUCGACAACCGGAAUAGGUGGUGGAAACGGCCUCAACUCUGACGGCGGGGGAGGCUUCAAGAAAGGAGGUUUCAAAAGCUCCUUUACGGCAGUAAAAGGACCCGUCGGCCCAGGUGCGCCUACCAAGAAGAACGUUCUAGGAGGGGAUGACGAUGAUCAUGAAGACUCCACUAAGCCGGAAUCCGCAUACUCGAGCAGUCACACUCGGAAAACGACAGCGAAACGUCCCAGUCCCCAAGAUAGACAAGAGGAAAGCGAUAGUGAAUGCGAAGCCGGUGAUGAGAUUUAUUAUAAUCCUUAUCACCCUACAGGUUGCUACCACGGAUGUGCUGGGAGUAGGACGGACAAUCGAGCUGGAAUAGAAAUUGUUUGAAUAGAUGCAACGCUUCAAACUUUACAAGGCAUAUGACUGUAUAUGGUUUAGGUGGUGUUCGGUUACCCAUAGUAUGUCCCCUGUCCCUCCACUCGUGGUUGCGGUUUAACAUAGCAUGUUCUGCAGGCGGCCUUUUCGUUCCACCAUACUGGUAGAGCUAAUUCCUAACUGUGAAUAUCAACGUGUAUAAGGCAUGGCAUCCUCAUUUACACGGUACAUUUUGGUGACUGGACAACUACAAAAAGAAUUCUUGAAGCAUCAGCGCAUGAAGAGAU